CAACUUAUAGCCCCGUCUUCACGUUCGUCGGCCUUGGUCUGGAUCAAGACCCGCGUUCCAGUGAGCAAAGACGUGGCAUCACCAACACCGAUAAUCGAUAUUAAUCGUCGCCAUGGGAGAAAUCGACAAGCCGGCUGUCACUCAGGCCGAGAGCGUCUCAGGCAAGCCCCGGAGACGGGGCUGCGCCGGCCACUGCGCCAGGUUCUGGUGGGCAUACCUGAUUGCGCUCGCGUGCAUCGUCGUUCUGGUCGUUCCCCUGGUUCUCCUUGUCGGCAUCCCGAACCUUGCCCAGCAGAAACUCGAUGCGGCCGUGCUCAGUAUUGACGGCAUCGUUGUCACCAACACGCAGGCGCAGAACAUGACCAUGGCCAUCAACAGCACCAUCAGGAGCGACGGCCAAGUGCAUGCUACUUUCGAACCAUUCCAGGGCGUCAUGUACCUCGAGGAUCUCCAGCCUCACACCCCUUUUGCCAAGAUCGACUUCCCCGAGACGGACAGCGAUGCACUCGUGCUCAUCAACGUCACCCAAACGCUCCAGAUUGAGAAUGUCGAAGCGCUUACCGUCUUUAAUACCUGGCUACUUGCCAACGAGAGCCUCAAGGUGACCGUUGAGGGCAACACUAACGUGCACGUUCGGGGCAUUUCCAGAGCGUAUCCGGUCACUUUCAAAAAGACCGUAGACAUCCCCGGUCUGCGCAUGCUUCAGGGUAUUAUAGUCAACCAGACAUUUAUCAACGCGACUGCUACGGAGGGCGACAACUUCCGGGGCCAGGUCUACAUUCCCAAUCACUCGGUGGUAGCUUUUGAGCUUGGCAAUUGCACCUUCCACAACUAUCUCCUUGGAAAGGAGGUCGGCACCGUUUUCAUCGACAAUAUGACGCUCUGGCCGGGAAUGAACAACUACACUAUGCGCGCCUCCAUCAGCCAGUCCGACGUUAUCAAUGUUAUGGGGCAAAGGCCUUACUGCGACGAGGCGAAGGGGGUGCUCCCGUUCGAGAUCGGCGGCAAAUCGGUGGUGAACCAUGGCCAGGCCCUCCCCUAUUUUGCCAAUGCUCUCGCUUCGGCCAACCAGACCAUUACUAUCGAUAUUGGCGGUACGCUAAAGCGGGAUUAUGACCUUACCAUUCCGUGUGCCGGGGAAAGUUGAGACGGUCACUGACCACUCACUUUCCGAGGUUUUUGUUUGCUUAAUCGUUGUAUUCUUGAUGUUUCAGGGUUUAGCUGUGCGGUUCGGCAAACCAUUGGACGGGGCGAUGAAUAUACCAUGCGUGGCAUUAGUGUUAUUGGACGACGGCCGGGGAGCUGGAGUCUGGUAUGCUCUCUGAGCUGCCAUGGGUGGGCGAGGAAGAUAUGUUCCUCUUAUGCAGGCGCGGGCAGCGGCAGCCUACCCGGUCAGUUCAAGCAAAGACAAUGUAAUGGUACAGAAACAGACAGAACGUGUUAUCGUGCAGGUUGUACUCGAACCAGCGUUGUAAUCGUGUUAUUCAAGUUUUCGAAAUGACCCUGGGCAUCGAGCUGAGAUGAUCAACUUG